AUAAGUAGCGUAGGAUGGUAGAAAGGAGAAUUGUCAAUCGAGAUUACGCCCUGUUCGCACACUGCUGGAUUGAUCAAGGUGCCUGUCAGCCGGGGACCAUGGCAUGCUGGAUCAGUGGCACAGGACGUAAGCGAGUAUAUAAUAUGACCCCAGCCCCAACGCUGUCAUACGGCACCCAGUUCGACACAUACUUAAUCCACGGCUAAAAACACAACUUUUGAGACUGCGAAAAUGUCGGAGAAACUCAAGGAUGCUAUUCCCAUCUUCUGCAAUGCCAGUAUCCCGAGACAGAUGCUGGAAGAAUUCGUCACGCUGAGCCAUGGAGUGCCGGAUGUAGAGGAUGUCGAAGGCCUGGCUGUUCUCGUCGAUACACAAGACUUAUCUCAAAUCACUAGCUACAUCUCCACACCCAUUUCUGAGGACCUCUCAACGCCAUUCCUAGAUUGGAGCGCGGAAGACAUUAUCGGAUGGGCAGCGCAGCACCUGGAUCGCCAGAGAGACGGCAUCGCCCCCUACGAGCUCGUCAUCCUGGAUCAGCAGACCUUGAAAGACAAGACCUGUCUCUUGGUAACAACAAAAGAUGGUGAACUCUCACGUAAUCCCGGGAAUCCUGCUCGCAUCAUGGUCAGAUCGGACUUUAAAUCUGCGUUGGCUACGCUCAAUGUCAAGGUUCAGUUUUGUGGCGGUGAUGGCCAUUUUGAGACAACGGCAUCGGAUGGCGUUAUCCGACAUUAUGACGAUUGAGUCGGCGCGGUUUCGGUCAGCCAUAGCAUGGUGCGCCUUAUUGGGGUUCGUACACAGGCUCGGUACUCUGUCUACAAUGAAGACUUGUCACAUCCUAGUGUAUCCAUCGUCUUAUACUGGACAAUCAGGAUCAGGCGUAAUCUGAUGCAAGAACACUGAGCUGUAGGAUCAUGCGCUCCAGCUCUAAGAC